AUGUUUGACACGAACAGAGCCCCUGUCCUUGGCGAGAAUUGGGCCAAUAUCAGCGAUCCAGUGGAGCGACGACGAGCUCAGAAUCGGAUCGCUCAACGGGGUUACCGAAAACAGAAGCAAGGUCUUCGACAAGGAGCCAAGGCGAGCGCAGAAGAAAAAACCGAGAAAGGUGGACGAGCAAAGGAAUCGGCUGCAUCCACAACAGCCACCAAGGCUCCUUCUGCUACCAGCAAGAUUGGGAAAACAAGGACCAAAAGGUCGUCCUCCCCGCCUGACCACAAGGCAGACCCAUCUCAAACACUUUCACCGCAGGUCUCCAUCGUGGGACCACCAACGCCGCCGGGGUCCGCCUGGAGCUUGUCCCAAGGAACCCACUAUCCCUUUCAUCAACACCAGCAACAGCGAACUCCCCCACCGUUACCGACGGACUUCAAUCCCUUCCACGCUCAAUUGGAACACCCAUCCUUUCUUGGGCGAUCCUGGACUGCUCCACCCCCGGAGGAAACCCGGAAUCAGGGUCGCUUCCCCCUGUCGACUCCCAUCGACGAGCAGCCACUCUGUCUGACCCCGGACGAGUUGCAUCCCCCGCCGUUUGUUUCCUCUUCGGCGGAUGCAGCCGCGUUCCUGGGAUUCCUAGGCCGAGAUGGUGGGAGUCUGGUCCCAUCAAAGAACGAAGGCUCGAUUCCCCGUGGCCACACGGCCUUACAUCGUGCCGCGUUGCAUGGCCACGGGCAGGUCUUAUCCGUGCUGCUUCGCGCCGGUGCCGAUCCCACCAUCCCUGACAACACCGGACUGACCCCUCUGCAUUUCGCCGCUCAAAACGGCCAUGUCGGUCUGGCGCAGCAGCUCCUCGCCAGCACACCCUCGAAUCGGGAUCUCGUGCGCCAGGCCACUCGCAUGGGGGAGACCGCCCUCCAUCUGGCCGUGCAAGCGCGGCAAACGACCAUGGUCCAGGUUCUGCUGGAGCAUGCUCCCCAUGUGGUCAACGAUCAAGAUCUGCAGGGCCGCACGGCGCUCCACUUGGCCUGUGAAUCGAAUCAACAGGAACUGGUCGAUCUGCUGGUCCGCGCGGGAGCUCAGCUCGAUAUUCGAGACUUUACGGGUCAGACGCUACUCCACAGUGCUUGCAUGGGUGCCAAUCUAUGA